AUGCUGUGCGCGCCCCUAACACAUGUACGCCGCAUCCUGGGAGAAGGAAUCACCAAGGUUGGCGACGAAAUGUUUGUCUUAAAAAGUGGAUUCCCUAAACUGGAACAGGGAAGAACCAGAAGGAAGGGAAUUUUUUUCUUCAACACUGGAAGUCAGUCAAAUGUCAAAUUUCCAAAUAAGUCUGGGGACACAAAUGAGAAAUGCGGAAAUGAGUUCCGUUUUGAGGGAAAAUUUGUUCCCAAUUUUGAAAAUUUAAAUUUACAAAAUUUAAAUAACAGGCAAGUGCUAUACUAUCUAGGAUACUGCAGUAAAAAUAAGUUACUAAAAUUGGACCUCUUAAAUUCGACUAUGAAAGAAUUGCACAGCUUAGUGUUAAAUAGUGUAAAUUGCAUUUCUACUGAUUUUCAACAAAAUAAAAAAAAUAUAUUAAAUCCAAAGUGUUACCAGGAGGGGGUGAAAAACAUCUCAAAGAAACCCUUUUUUGACAUUCACGAUUUGGUAAAGGUUUAUUUAAACAUUUGUUACAUUAAUUCAUAUUUUUUUUUGAAGACAAAGCGGGAAAACGAUCACAACAGCAGUUGCUCUUUUUUCCCCCAAAGUUGUAGCCACAAGGAUGGUGAUCAAAAUGGACACAUGUUAAUUAAAAAGGACACAUCCUUAAAUGAGAAAAAAAAUGUUAACAAAUUCCAAGGAAGCGAAAGGAAUGGAAACAACGAUGUAGAGAACUUACCCCCAAAAGACAACAUAUUUAUAUACACGAAUAUGGAAAACAGGAACGUGGAAGCGUGUAAUGAGUUUGUGUGCAACGAACAUGUAAAAAAUAUAUUUCAUUUGUUGUCCAUUUUUUUUCUGCAAAAUGUGAACAUUCUGAACGACCAUUAUUUGUGUCGAAUUUUUUACGGAUACAAUAAAAGCAAAUUCGUGAAUGAGCGAUAUUUGAACAAUUUAAGUUUUGAGAUUAUCAAAAGGAUAAAAAAAAUCAGGACGUACCAUUUAUACUUAAUAUUGAUGAAUUCGCACUAUCUCAGUUAUGUGGACAAAACUUUUGUAAAAAUUUUACUCAUUCAUAUUGUUAAUAAACUUUCCCAGUUGCCUUGUGAAGCCAUGUGCCAAGUUUUACCCGUCGUCCCUUUAUUUAUUCACUCGGAAAAACUUACCUACAAAAUUAAUGUCAUAUAUGCGAAGAAAAUUGCCAGCUUUAAUCAAGUCUCUCAUGCUGUUAGCUUGUUUAAAAAAAUGGUACAAUGGAAAAUGAUAUCCCAAAGAAAUAUAUUCCUCAGCUUUAGACAUUUGAAUAAAUUUAUGAAAGUCAGAAAGGGGCCCCUUAAGAGGGAUUCCCAAAGGGAAACUUCCCUCCAUAGGGGGAAGGCAAAAGAAGGAGGCAUCACCCCCGAGCCUCCUUCUCAGACACCGCACGACGAACAAAUGAUAAACAACGUACUGGCAAACUUCGACCCAUUUGACGGGAGGGUAGCACCAGGCGAUGAUAUAAAAUUUCCAGUAGGAAACACCUCAAAAGGGGGAAGCAACCUUUCUGAGAAUUACACCAAUUGUAGGGGGUCCUCUCAGAGGGGCAGUGGUAAUGCAGCGUCGGUGGGGGAAAUGUUUUCAUUUGAACAGGAGCUGAUGAGAUGUAGCGAAACUUCCCCCAGGGAAAAGAACCCCAGCGUAAAAUUUGGAAGUGAUAACUCUGGCAGUGAAAACGCCGGCAGAGAACCCCCCCACAGUGAGAACACUCGCAAAGACGAGGCGCAAACGCCCAAAGGAAACAACCUCCUCUUCAACCUAAAACUCAUCGAAAUGCACCUGAUACACGACUUCAAAAAUAUAUACUGCCUUCUCCCGAGUGAUUAUAAAAACUUCCUUCAAAAAAUUCGAACCCUUCCAUGUAGCGUUAACAAAAAUAUGCAAGGAGAAAAAGAAAUUUACAUUUUAAAGAAAUAUAUGAAAAUGCUAAAUUAUGAAUUUAUUACAUUUGUCCAUGGUCCCUACGUGCUGCACAUUUGUGACCCCUUCUACAAAAUAUAUGUGGAGUGGGAGAAUGGAUGGAAAUUAUACCCACUGUAUCAACAAAAUGCGGAAAGAAAUUUCCGAGAAAAUAAAAUCAGUCACUUGAGAAAAGAAGGGUUUAGUGAAAUUCUCAUUUGCCAUGAUGCCUUUGCGAAUUGUCCAAGUGAGGAAGAAAAAAUGAACUAUCUCAGUUCCGUUUUGCAGCACACGAAAUUUUCCAAGUGUAGCCCCAUCAUUUGUGGGGCGGCCGCGGUUGCACCCCCUUCCGUGGUGACUCCGGAAAUUUACCUCUGA